AACACCAAUGUCUCCAAUUACAUCCAAAUACUAUCCUAUCCUUGCUGGAUUUGGAAUGCCUGGCAAGUACUAUAUUGUAAUGAAAUUUAUUCCCCGGAGAGGUGUUAUAAUGAUUUUCAACUUGGUGGCAAUUGUAAUCCUGUGUCGAGGGGAAUGUGGUCUCUCCAAGUGCAUCACCCACUACCUGGUGGCCAUGGCAACAGCAGAUUUCAUGGUGAUUGUCUUCAAUGUGAUAUUGCAUCAGAUUGCUGCUAUUUAUUGGUGGAAUUCUCUGCUGCUGUACACUCCAGUUUGUAGGUUUAUUCUGUUCCUGUCUCCGACUGCCAUCGACAUUUCUGUCUGGUUCACGGUUGCUUUUACCUUUGAUCGUUUUGUAGCCAUUUGCUGCCAGAAGCUGAAAUCUAAGUAUUGCUCAGUGAAAACUGCUACUGCUGUGACCAUUACACUGACCUUGGUUUUCAGUUUAAAAAACAUUCCUUGGGCCUUCUUGUACAUUCCUUAUGUGAUAGUGAACGACAUACCAAGGGGUUGUUUUGUAUCACCAGUGAUUUAUUUUCAAUCUCAAGCAAUGGCAUUUUCUUGGAUUGAACAGCUGUUAACUCCCACUCUUCCAUUUGUCUUGAUUUUAUGUUUGAACAUCCUCACUGUAAGACAUAUUUUAGUGGCCAGCCAGGCACGAAGGAACCUCCGAGUCCACAACAGUAAUGCUGAAAAUGGUGAAGACCAUGAGAUGAAAAAUCGCAGAAGGUCCAUUGUUUUGCUCUUUGCAAUAUCGGGCAGCUUUAUCUUGCUCUGGAUAACAACAGUCACAUAUUUCCUAUAUUAUCGAAUUACAAGCAUCUAUAUCCUCUCAUCUCUAUUUAGCCCUUACGAAACUUAUGAAAAGACAGGAAUCAUGCUUCAGCUCCUGAGUUGCUGCACUAACACGGCCAUUUAUGCAGUGACCCAGAGUAAGUUCAGGCAGGAGCUGCUGUGUGCCCUCAAAUAUCCCUUUACUCUCAUUUGUAAGUGAUCUCAAUGAGGAAAAGUGCUUCAAAGAGGAUCGGCCUGCUGUCCACAACGUGUUAACUCGACUCCAAUCUGAAAUCACCAUCUACUGUUAUGAUGUGGGGUGCCAGUGCUGGACCGGUGUGUAUGAACUCAGAAGUCACACAACACCAGGGUAUA